GGCGUGGGGUGCCGGGUCCCCCAUCGUCGGGCGGCAGCAGCCAUGGGGAGCGGGCGCGUCCCGGCGGCGGUGGCCGUGCUGGUGGCACUGCUGGCGCUGGGAGCCCGGUCUGCCUACGGAACGCGGCCCUCGGCGUACUUCCAGCAUUCUUUUAUAUCGGAGUGCCACUUCCUGAACGGCACCCAGCGGGUGAGGUUGGUGGACAGGUACAUCUACAACCGGCAGCAGUACGUGCACUUUGACAGCGACGUGGGGAAAUUUGUGGCCGAUACAGCGCUGGGAGAGCGUCAGGCUGAGUACUGGAACAGCCAAACCGAGAUUCUGGAGGAUGCACGGGGUGCAGUGGACACGUACUGCCGGUACAACUACGGGGUGGAUGAGCCCUUCACGGUGCAGAGGAGCGUGCAGCCCAAGGUGAGGGUCUCGGCGCUGCAGUCGGGCUCCCUGGGCGAAAGCGACCGGCUGGCGUGCUACGUGACGGGCUUCUACCCGCCGGAGAUCGAGGUGAAGUGGUUCCAGAACGGGAGGGAGGAGACGGAGCGCGUGGUGUCCACGGACGUGAUGCAGAACGGGGACUGGACGUACCAGGUGCUGGUGGUGCUGGAGACCGUCCCGCGGCGCGGGGACAGCUACGAGUGCCGGGUGGAGCACGCCAGCCUGCCGCAAGGCAUCAGCCAGCCCUGGGAGCCGCCGUCGGACGCGGGCAGGAGCAAAAUGCUGACGGGCGUGGGGGGCUUCGUGCUGGGGCUCGUCUUCCUGGCGCUGGGGCUCUUCAUGUUCCUGCGCAGUCAGAAAGGGCAACCCGUGGCCACCACUCCAGGGAUGCUGAAUUAGCUGCUGCUCCGCCGAGCCGCUCCACCGGCACUCCCGGCUGCCGCCCCGGCUCCCCCUCGGGCUGUCACCGCGUCCCUUCGAGCUGUCACCGCGAUGCGUUUUUUUGUCCCCAUCCUAUUAAAC